UGCUGUUAACCACACGUUACCCCCUUUUCCUCCUUGUUGCCCUCUUCCUCCCCAGUGUUUUCCCUUGUGUCUCUGGGAAAGCAGCAGUUUAAGGGGGGAAAACAAGUGCGUGGAGCCAAGAAACAGGUCUGACCUCAGUUACUGGAACUAAGUAAGGUGCUGUUUUGGAGUUUCUAAAGUCUGGCGCCAGGACAACAUGAACACCACUGAACCAGCCUCCAACUUCACCUUUACAUCUAACACAGAAAAUGUCACACUGUCCAGCCUGACGACCACUACCAUCCCUCCCACCAUCCUACAGCCUCCACCCUAUUCUUCAGACAUCCACGACCCAGAAUUCACCAUUGUGGUGGUGCUGUGUUUGUCACUGCUGCUGGCAGGGUUAGCUGCCUUCCUGGCAGUGUGCCGGCCCUCGGAACAGGAUGGGGACUCUGAGGCGGGCUUCAGCCGAGGAGAGAGCUUGACCCGUGGAAGAAGCCGGUCCAGUGAGCCCCAGCUCAAGGUGUGGAAGAGGCUGGGCUCAUAUCGGCGUUCAUACAACAUCUCCUUCAGACGACCGCCCCAUCGCAGGCCGCAUGAGCGUGGGAGCACACACGUGUCCCAGUCCCCACCCCGACAGACACAGCCACAGCCAGAAGCCAGUGUGGAGCCCCACCUCACUAUGCCUUGUCUGUUUGACUAUGUUACUGAAAUCUGAAUGGACGACAGGCUGAGGACAGAAGGACUGCUUCCUAAAACAAGCAACACACUGUAUAUGUUAUGGCUGGUGCUGCGAACAUCACUAAUACCAGGUGUGGGUGAAGAGUACAUGCAAAUAAUGUUUAACCUUAGUUUUAACAUACUUUUUAUUGCUAGGUAGAUGAGGUUUGCAACAUGACAAUUUAGGCAAUCAAAAAGUCAUUGAAGCUGGGUUUACACAUUUUUGUGACUCUGUGACUUAAUUUCUCUCUUUAUACAGUCCCUCCAGGAUUUUGCGAUGUUGUGAUCGUGCGAAUUCACGCAUAUUCAACCAAUCACCGCAAAGUUGACCAAAUAUCGGAGUUUCCCGCAACUUCAACCAAUCCCAGCCGUCCCACCUGCCAGAAUCAAUAUCAGUAUGGGACUCUGAGAGAGCAAAAGACGGUGACAUUUCAGACCGCCCUGCCAACCUGUAAACAUUUGAACAAUUCUUCACUCUUAAAU